UGUUGGGAGUGGACACUCGGUGGGGAUGAGAACAGACUAUGAGGGCCCAGAAAAAACAAAUAAACCAAAAAGAUACCUGUGAGAAUGAGAGAAAGCGAAAAGGUAAUUUGACGGUAGGAUAAAAAGAGAUCACUACCAUUCACACCCACAAAGGCUGUGGCAGAGAAGAAUAGAGUGAAGAAAAAGUAGAAGAAAAGGGGCAAACGGCUCUCCAUCACAAGUUCAAAACACAAGGCUAUGUCUUUUCUUCCUUUUUCUGUUUAUUCCUUGACGUCCCUUUUUGCUUUGUAGGAAGAAGAAUCCAAGUUUUAAUCCCUUUCUUCAUAUACUAUCUUUUCAUGUGAAAGUACGAUUAAAAGAUUAAUAAACAACCCUAAAUUUGUUCAAUUCAAACCCUGUUUUCUGCUAUAUAUUUACCAUAUAAAGCCCAUAAAUUGAAGGGGUUGGGAUAAAGGGAUUUGUAGUAUUAUGUAUGAUAAGAUAGAACAAGAAUACCAUCAGAUGCAGCAACAGAACAGUACUUUUCAAGAAGUACCUCAAAUCCUCCCAUGGAGUUUUUCUCCGGGUCAAAAUUUCAACCCGGUUCAUCACUUUUCGACCCAUAACCAUGACCCAUUUCUUCUGCCUCCAGCACCUUCAUCCUACGGAGGUUUAUUUAACAGAAGGCCUUCGGGUUUGCAAUUUGAGUACGAGGGUGGUCUAGGUCAGUUGGUGCAUGAAAGUUCUGUCCCUUUUGGCCUCCAGGCUGAGCUGCAGAAAAUGACUGCUCAAGAAAUAAUGGAUGCCAAGGCUCUGGCUGCUUCAAAGAAUCACAGUGAAGCUGAAAGGAGACGUCGAGAGAGAAUCAAUAACCAUCUUGCAAAACUUCGCAGCUUACUCCCUAGUACUACUAAAACAGACAAAGCAUCAUUGCUAGCUGAAGUAAUUCAACAAGUUAAGGAGCUAAAGCGGCAGACUUCACUCAUAGAAGAAUCAAGUCCCGUUCCAACUGAAAUUGACGAAUUAACAGUCGACAAUGAAUCGUACGCAGAUGGAAGAUUCAUUCUCAAAGCUUCAUUGUGCUGUGAGGACAGGUCUGAUCUCUUGCCAGACAUUAUUAAAACCUUGAAAGAUUUGAGAUUAAAAACACUGAAAGCAGAAAUUACAACACUUGGCGGACGCGUAAAAAAUGUUCUACUCAUUACUGGAGAAGAAGAUUCAAACAGUGAUGAUCAAGAGCAACGAGAAUACACUAUAACCUCAAUCCAAGAAGCCCUUAAAGCUGUAAUGGAGAGAUCAAACUGUGGUGAUUCUGGUCCAGGAAGUGUUAAGAGACUAAGGACAAAUAUCAAUAUCCUUGAACGCAGAAGGAUGAUACACAAAUCAAGAAGUAAGUAUUGCAGAUAAUGCUGCACGAUUGGAGUUUAGAAAAUAUUCUCUCUUUCGCGAGGGGAGAAACCUUAGAAAGAAACCUAAAAUACACUAUAGGAUUUAAACCCAUCUGAAUUUGAUUUGGACAAGAAACAUGCAGCUUGUUUCUUGUUCUGUAGUGUGAUUUUCUGUGUAUGAACACUUCCAAUGGUGUUUGCUACUAUUCAUGAAGUUCUACGAGCCUGCUGGCCGCCACCUCGGCCACUUUCCCUCCUACAUGCAAUAGUUUUCAGGCUUCCAGCUCUGGUGUCCUAAAUUUCUAAAGGGAACAGCAAACUUUGAGAGCUUGUGAUGGACUGAUAAUUGUGGGAAGGUGUGUUUGUGUUUAUCAAGGCAUUUGAUAAUUAAUAUAUGUGAAGUGCAAGAUUUUGAGUUGCACUUUUUGUUGAAAAA